GAGGAAAAGUGACCGGUGAGCACCUGCCUUCACACUGCAGCUUCUCCUCCGCUGGAUGAUCUGACCGGAGCGCGCUGUUGCCAUGACAACAGACGAGGCGGAGAGUCACCAGAAGAAGCCGAGGCAGCAGGAGGAAGUCGGCCAGGACGCCAGGCCACCCUCACCAGAGGAGGAGCAGCUCCGGCCUCGCAACCGUAACUCUGCCGGCCGUGGCCUCUCCCGCCUCUUCUCCUCCUUCUUGAAGAGGCGCUCACAGUGUGAGAGUGAGGGGGGAGAGAAGGAGGACAAGGAAGAGGAGGAAGCUAAAGCCCCCAUCGCUGACCCAGAACCUGAACUGAGGACAGAGGGAGAGGUCGCCCUGGAUCAGCACUCAGCUGUCCAGGUAGAGAAGAAAGAAGUGGAAGAGGAGGAGGAGGAGGAGGAGGAGGGUGGAAAGGACGAAGACAACGACAAGGAGAAAGGA